ACCGUUAGGAGUGGAGUGCGGGGGUACCCUAACUUGGACCGGACCAGACUAUGCUUCAUGGGAGUCAUCACAAUAGCAACCUAACAGAUAAAGAUUAGACACCGUGAUGAGACAAUACACCACAUCCAGGGACAUGGCCAGCCGAGGAGGCUCGUGCGUGGCCUGCUGCCAAGUUUGCGUUUUCGCAUUUACUGCAUUUCUCAUUGUGGCUGAGCGGACUGCGCUUAUCUACUGUUUUGUCUAUUACCUGUGGGUGGGGCACAACUACUGCUAUGGCCAUUGGGCGGGGCUUACGGCCUUGUUCCUCCUCCCUGGGUGGGGCCCCCAGUUGCUUAGUUGGCUGUGGUACCAGGAGGAUGGACGCAUACGCAGCAAAGACCUCAAAUGGACUCACAUCCUGCAUCUGGGCAUAUUUAGAAGGCUAUGGGAGACUAUGACGUCCACAGGAGAAGAUCAGUGUAUUGAGAUUAUGCAGCAGGCUGAUGUUUCAGCUCUCCGCCUGUUGGAGGCGCUGGUGGUCACCCUGCCACAGACUGUCCUGCAGACAUACGUCCUCAUCUGUACCGAUGUAGGACUGAAAUCACCAGUGUCAGUGUGUUUUGCCGUGUGCCUGCUGUCGCUGGCCUGGGCCUUAGUGUUGUAUGCGAGGGCUUGUUUCCUGAUCAGACCGGGACAUCUUCCCAUGACUCCUGCCGCUCUUGCCUGUAGACUCCUUUGGAGGGUCAGUAUGUUGGGGGCUCGUCUCGCCACGCUUGCACUGUUCACGCGCCUCUUCCGUCAGUGGGUUCUUGGAGUUAUUGGUCUUCACUGGUUGGGUGCUACGUUCUGGUUGGUUUCUCAGCAGAGUGACAUCAUCAGAACGCCAGUACGCUGGCACCUGUUCAACCUGGUGCUAGGAUUUCUUCACAUCUUCCUCUUCCUCAACGUCAAGGACGGCCCCUCCAGAUGCCGCAUGACCGGCUUCUAUCUUGCCAUGUUUAUAGAGAACGCUCUCCUUUUGCUGACAGGUUCCGACUUCUUCAGUGUUGCAACAUGGGAUAGCAUGGGAAUCCCUGCCGCUGUGUUCUGUAGCUUCCUUAUUGGUGUGAUAGCUUUAGUUCUUUAUUACCGGUUCCUCCAUCCAAAGUCCUUUGAGAUUUUCCAGAGCAUACGUCACCAUGGAAUGAGUGGAGCUUGUACAGACCGGGGAUCUGCUCUGUCCUUGGAGGAGAAGAGCAACCGCCACAGUCAACUUAUGGGGGGCGGGACUCUGUUGGAUCUCCCUACCCAGUGGCAAGGUUGGAAACACCACCAUUGGCUGCUGAUUCGCUUAGCUUUGAAGACGGGUAAUUUGGGUAGAAUAUGCAACGCCUAUGGUGAAGGGGGAUUGGCCAGGCUGCUGGGGCUGCGGGAAGAGGAGAUACCACGGUCCCCGGACAUUCUACAACGUUCUCUCAGUGUUCCAGAACCUCCCAGUGUUCCACAACCUUCCUCCAAUGCUCCACAACCAUCUGCUAAAGUUCUUCAACCUUCUCCCAACGUUCCCCAGGGCAGACAGGGAGUGGAGGUGAUAAAGGCAGCCCCGGCCAGAGACAUCAUCAGUGAGGUGAGACAGGCAGUCAGGCAGGGGGAGAUGAGACAUAUGCUGCCAACUCCCUCUCCUAUCAAUGAGGUAAGGUCACCACUGGUUGAGGUUCUAGUGGAGGAGGUCAGAGGUAACCUCUCCGAGCCCGCCACACCGCAAGACGACUCCAGCCACCCUCAUUCCAGCCCACCUCCCUCUGAAGAUCGGGAUGACGAUGACUUCCAGAGUGCCGCCUUCGGCUCCCCCGCAGCCUCUUCCCCCAGGCACCACGACUACCGCCACAUUGACAGCAAUGUCGUCACCUCAAACACCGAAGGCUCCUCUUCCGCUGGGUCGCUGGAUGUCAGACGCGGUUCGUCUCCGGAGAGAAAAUCGCCGUCCCUGCUGGUGGGAAUGGGAAGCCCCCAGCGGAACUUUAACCUUGCGGAUUGUGGCACCCCCUUGUACUUCAGCACCGACGUGGUCUCACCGUCCACCGGCAGCUACUUGGGCUGGGGCUCCGAGCUAUCACCCAUCUCUACCUACCGGAGCCCCUACCGCAUCAGGGAGCCCCUCUUCACCUCCACCCCUAGGCAGGAGCCCUGUGCUGAGGCAGAGGAACCAGGACCUGGCCCAACCACCACUGCCACUACCGCUACCACCGCUAUCACCACCCACGCUAGAAAACAAAUGGUCCAGUUUGUAGACCACAGAGAGAAAUUGAUCUAGACAGGGUAAUGAAUUAGUGAGAAGAUCAGACCUGAUAAAAUACAUGCCAAAGUCUCUCAAAUACUUACGGAUAAAUGUUUUGAUUCAGUCUGAAUGGUGUACAGCGAAUUGGGCAGUUUACACUUUUGGGACUAUAUUGUUGGUUCCAUUGUACCACUGUUCCAUCCUAUUUCAAAUUGAAUCAAGCAGAUCGAAAGUAUUUGAUAGUUUACAAUAUAACUGCAUCUGGAGAUCUGGAGCUGAUUUAAAACACAUUACAUACAGAUUAUAUACACAAUAUAUGACAGGUGGCUGCGUGUCAGGCUGUUUCUGUAUUCCGCAGUGCUAUUACAACAUCAUUCCAGAAAGGUUUUUCUUUACAACAUCUGAGCUAACUUGGCCCCUAUGUUAACCAGACAUGUUUCACACUAAAUAAUUAUUGCUAGUCAUCAAUAUUAAGUUUAAACGGUUAGCAUGACGUCAUGAAUCCACAUGCAACCACAAACUCGCAUAAGACACGGUACUUGGAGCAGUAUUUGAUGAAUGAACAGUGCAAGUUACUUACCACUUAGGCUUUGAUCUCAUCACACGAGAAGAAAAUAUCACUUGUUCAUGCUGUGUGAUUUUAAUAACACUCAAGGUUUCCUUGUGACAUUCAACAUAAUGUCUGUGAUUAACCACCUGUUUGGUUUCUCAGUUUGAUCACAGUUAAACGUCACUGAGCAGACAGUUGUGCUCAGAAGUUUGCAUACCCUUGGAGAAUUAGUAAUCAGCGUUUGACAUUAACUUUUUUGCUCACCA